AUGCACAUUGUGAAUGGUCGAAUUGUUGGUGUAAGACGAAUCCCGAUCUAUGAAGAAGACAGAAAAGCAUAUGAAGAAAGAAUGGCUAAACAGAAGUUAAUAAACUCAGAUACAAAUGAUGAUUUCAAUAGAAACCCAUUUGCCGAUUGCGAUUUGAACCUACCAUCAUUAAGACUCAAAAACAAUGAAAAUUCUUCACACGAUAAGACUAUACGAACAUCCACAAAACCUGUUAGUACGAAAGCUUAUAGCGAUACUUGGACCAAAGGCACUACUAACAACUUAGCCUUCUUGGCUGAUAAAGUAGUUCAAAAGAAGGCUAGAAGUGAUAAAGAAAGAGCUUAUGAAGGUCCUUGGAAGGACGAGUUGGCUAGAACAAGCUUGUACGAAGGUCGUAGUAAGAUCUAUUUUGCUGACAGAACAAAGACUUACAAAGAUUCUUGGAAGAACGAUAAGCUGGGUAGAACAAACCUAUACGAAGAUUAUAGUAAUGAAGAUCUUACUGAAAGACCAAAGACUUAUCAAGGUCAUAGUAAGAACGCCCUUGCUGAUAGAACAAACCAAUAUGAAGAUCAUAGUAAGAUCGACCUUGCUGUUAGCUCAAAGCCUUACAAAUUUCCUUGGAAGAACGAUGAGCUGGGAAGACCAAACUCAUACGAAGGUCCUAAUAGGAAAGAUCUUUCCUAUAGCGCAAAGGCUUACCAAGAUCAUAGUAUGAAAGAAAAUGCUGACAGAACAAACCCAUACGAAAGAUACAGUGAGACUGACUGUGCUGUUAGCUCAAAUGCUUACAAACAUCUUUGGAAGAACGAUGAAUUGGCUAGAGCAAACCCAUAUUGCGAUCAUAGUAACAAAGACCUUACUGAUAGCUCAAAGGCUUGCCAAUAUCAUAGUAAUGAAGAUCUUGCUCACAGAACGAACUCAUACGAAGGUCAUAGCAAGGAAAAUGUUGCUGAUACCACAAAAGCCUACAAAGCGCCUUGGAAUAACGAUGAGUUGGCUAGAACAACGGCUUACCAAAACUAUAAUACAAAUGAUCUUGCUGACAGAACGAACCCAUACGAAGACCAUAGUACUAAAUAUCUUGCUGACAGAACAACUCCAUACAAAGAUCAUCAUAGUAAUGACCUUGCUGACAUCACAAACUCAUACGAAGACUACCCAAACAACUCUGAAGCCAACAGAAGAAAAGCUUAUGAAGACGCUCUCCAACAAGCUGAACGGAUGAAACUUGAUGCAUACGCUCAAAAAGAAGCUGAAAAGACGAAAGCGUACAGAUCUUAUGACAAUAAGAGUAUGACUAGAAGGAAUACUAGGAACAAUGAAGAAAAUAGCCAUAAAAGAGUGAAAUUUGAAAACAUAAAGGCUAAGAACAAUGUUAGGACAACUGGAUAUCAACGAAUGAAAUACGAUGAAUACCAGAAGAACGACGGUAACUAUGCACAUAAGAAACUGGUGUUUUGGAACCGUAAUUCGCAAAAAAGCCACGAUCCAAGAAUGUACUGA